AUGGGCAGCGAUCAGAUAAGCAGGUUGCCAGAUGAGAUUCUUGGCAUAAUCUUGUCUUCAGUUCCGACAAAAACGGCUGCUUCCACCUCGGUUUUGUCCAAAAGGUGGAGGAAUGUACUGUGUCUUGUAGACAGCCUUAGCUUUGAUGAGUUGAACGAAGAAGAAAAAGAAGAAGAUCAAGAAGAUGCAAUGAGUAGUUCACAACCCUUCCAUGAUUUCAUGGAAAAGACAUUUGCUCUCUUAAGCAACUCUCCCAUCAAGAAAGUGUCUCUGUCUCACCUACCUUUCCAUUACAGUGACCACUCUCGUGUCUACAGUUGGAUUUAUACUGCAAUGGACCGUGGUUUAUUGGAACUACGUUUGCAUGCAUAUGCUUGCGUUCUUUUAAAGAGAGAGUUGUUGACGAGCAACACUUUGGUUAAACUCACAUUAUCCGGUGAAUAUUGUCUUGAAGUCAAGCGUGUGUAUUUCCCAGUGCUCAAAUCACUGUCUCUUGAAUUUCUGGAGCUUGAUUAUCCCGACUAUCAUCGCCUCCUCGAUGGCUGCCCUACCUUGGAAGAACUAUUCGUAGCUGAUGAUGAUGACCAUUCCAAUCCUCUAUGUUGCGGUGCUGUCGUGAAAAGUGAAUCCCUCAAGCGGCUUGUGGUUUCUAUCGAUCUUCCUGAUUCUCAAGAGGAUCACAACUCAAUGCUCUUGGAUACACCAAGUCUGGUCCAGACUAGAUCUCAGCUUAUGGGAGUCAACUAG